AUGCGUGUUCAAGAAUCAAAAGGUCUUUUAAAGCCUGCAUAUCAACAUCUAGGGGAGGAAAACAUUCCCAAGUUUACUGUGAUUGUGGCUCAGAAAAAUCAUCACACAAAGUUAUUUCAAGCUGGCGGUGCCAACAAUAAUGUCCCACCAGGGACUAUCGUGGACACUGGAAUUGUGCACCCAAGGAACUAUGAUUUCUAUCUGUGCUCUCAUGCUGGGAUGAUUGGAACUUCUAGGCCAGCACACUAUCAUGUCCUAGUUGAUGAAAUUGAUUUCUCUCUUGAUGACUUGCAAAACCUUAUCCGUUCCUUAUCUUACGUGUAA